CAGGCACACAUAUUAAACAUGUCUUGUAGUAGGUAAACCGCAAAAUUUCUCUUGAAUAUUAAUUAGGCUGUGCUGACGUUGCUCGGUCAGCGAACGCACGGGUCAUGAAUAUUUGGAUCAGGCCUUGGCCGUAGUAGUUUGAGAUAUUUGGGCUGCUGUGUGUGAAUGCAGCGAAGAUGGCGGAGGAGGAGGGCAGCGCGAAUGAGGCUGUGGCCCUCAAACACAAAUUUCAGGAUCUCAUCUCUGAAUUAAAAAGGAGCUCCGAGUCGACGCUAGAUGCCUCCAAUAGUUUUUGUCAGGAUUUCUGCCAAAUUUUGAUGCAUCAUGGAUGUCAGUGGAGACCAGAUGAAGACCUGCUUCCUCUAUUGGAGCUGUACACAGCAGCUAUAAUGUGCUGCGCUGAGGCCAGUCCGUUCCUAAGUCCUGAAUGUGAACAUGUCACAGAUGUGAUGAACAAGUUAUCGUGGAGCUGUCUAAAUCUUCUGUUGUCAUUCUCCGAGCAAAUCCCUGGUGCCUUAUGGGAAGAAUUUCAAACUUCUGUCAAGAUGGCUCAUGGCAUUCUUCAGGCACAUGGAAACUCACAGCUUCAGGCCCUGUUGACUCUAGCAGAGGACAAUGGCGUGUGGUCCAAUGCCACACUGUGUAGCAUUCUGUCUAAUGACCUCCCUAAUGUGGAGAGAGUACAUGAGUUUUUAUCUCGAGAAGGAGCUGAACUUCUUCAUAUGCGUAUAAAGCAUCUCAUCAAAGAGAAGCACAUGGAAAAGGCUGCAAGACUGGCAAAGACGUGUGCAGAGUUUCCUGAAUUUGGAGGAAAGAAGAACUUCAGACAAAUCUACCUCGUGUGUCUGUGUGAAAUAACACCACAACAAGAACUUAUGCAUGAGAUAAAGGAGGUAGACUGCAAAGAGGCCCUGGACAUGAUUUGUAAUUUGGAGUCUGAGGAAGAUGAGAAAGGAGCUCUCAGUCUUUGUACAGCUUUUUUCAAGCGUCAGCUUCUCAGUGGGGAUGCUUAUUGUGCCUGGGAACUGACACUGUUUUGGAGUAAACUUCUAAUAAGGCUGGAGUCAAAACAUGCCUUUUUGGAGCAAUGCAGACUGUUAGCACGCCUCUCUGAGAGUGUGUACCAUAUUCUGCUCCUCAUCAAAGUCAUUCAGGCUGAGGUUGACACAGAUGGACUUUCAGUGUGCAUCGAAAUGUGCAUUCAAGCGCUAAAAAUGGGAGUUCAUGACAACGAGGACUGCAAUAUCACUAUUUGCAAAACAAUAUCUUGUUUGCUGCCUUUAGACUUGGAAGUAAAACAGGCUUGCCAACUUACGGAGUUCCUGAUAAAGCCAUCUUUGGAAUCUUAUUAUGCUGUUGAGACUCUUUUUAAUGAGCCUGACCAAAAGCUUGACCAGGAGGAUCCACCAAUUCUAAAUUCACUACGCUGUGACUUGUUGCUGGCCUUAAAGAUAAAGUGGCCUUUUGAUCCGGAGUUUUGGGACUGGAAAACUCUAAAACGUCAAUGCCUUGCUUUGAUGGGUCAGGACGCAACCACUAUAUUGUCUUCUGACAAAUUUACUGACAGUGAUGACAAUGAGUUCCAUGACCUGGAUGAGAAAUAUUUCCAGCAUUUUACUGAUAACCCUUCUUACGAACUCUUUGAAGUUGGAGCAGAAAGAAAGAAGAAGACGAAGAAUGAAAUGAAGAAGAUGAAAGAGAAGGGAUUUGUUUCUGCUCGAUUCCGCAAUUGGCAGGCUUAUAUGCAGUAUUGUGUUUUGUGUGAUAAAGAGUUCCUUGGACACAGAAUUGUCAAGCAUGCAUUGAAGCAUGUGCAAGAUGGGGUUUUCCGCUGCCCAAUAUGUGCUAAAACCUUCGACAGCAGGACAGUGCUGGAGCCCCAUGUGGCUUCACAUGUAAAGCAGUCAUGCAAUGAGCGCCUUGCUGCAAUGGGCGUAAGCAAGAAACGCACUGACGCAAAGUUGACACCAGCUAGCAGCACCUUGAAAAAGGAAGAGCACUACAGCGACACUGCUACGAAAGUUAGCCAGGAAAAAACUUGCAAUAACAAUUUAUAUGCUUCAGUUGGUAGUACCAGCACAGAUGUGAAAAGCAAAAUGAAAUCCUCAUCAUCACCGACAUCAUCAUCAUCAUCACCAAAGCAGGGCAAUCCUAUACGGGAUGUUAACAACACUAAAGAUUGUUGCUGUCCUGUUACAAGCUGUCAAAAAGUUUUUAAAUACUUUAGGAAUUUGGUUGCUCAUGUUAAGGCCCAUAAAAACGAACCGGAGGCAACAGAUUUCCUACAACUACAGAGCCGGAAGGCAAUGUGCCAAUAUUGUCAUCGCCAGUUUGUUAACUUGACCCAUCUUAACGAUCACUUACAAAUGCAUUGUGGCGAGAAGCCAUACUUUUGCGUUCAGCUUGGAUGUAAUUGCAGCUUUUCCUCUCAUGCUGAGCUUCUGAUGCACAGAAAAUUACAUGCUGAAUUUCAGGCCCAGUGUGCAUAUCCAAACUGUGAGCGAAUCUUCAAUGAGACUUACUUGCUGUAUGAUCAUGAAGCACAGCACUACUUGACGUUCCCCUGCAAAAGUCAUAACUGUGACAAGGUGUUCUACACGUUGUCUGAGCUAGAUUUGCAUCAGAGAGGGCAUGCGAAGCAGGUGGACCACUCUGCCAUCGAUAGGCACUCACAUUUACACUUGGAAGUAGCGCCUCAGGCUUGUCCUGCUUCAGAGCUGCCUCAAAACCAGAUUAAAGAUUUUACCCCAGUAGAAAUUAAAUGCUCAGUUCAAAACAUUGCAGACACAACUCAAGAUUCCACAGUGCAGCCUGAGCAUCUUGUACCACACACAGCCCAAUUGAAAGAAACCGAAAAUGAUUCUGAAACGACUGAAAUUCAGCCUAAUGUGUCUACGGCAUCUUAUUGCCCCCAGAAAUCAAAGCGUCUUGAGUCUUGCUAUGUAAAAUUGCAGCCCAUUCCCAUCAAGUUCAAUGACCCAGUAUAUUUAAAUGCACUAAAGAACGCCGACACUGAAACUCAAGCUCUACUGAAAGACAAGAAGUUGUUUUCUUUCAGAAAGAUUCCGCUUAAGCCUUCCACACCGAAGUCUUCUCUUGCUGUGACAAAAGAAAACAGAGAAGAACACCUGACUCACAUUUGUCCAUUUGAAACCUGUACGCGGAAAUACAGCACCUCAAAAAGUUUAUCAAGACAUGUCAAAAAUGUUCACGCAGAGGCCUUUGAGGAGUGGAAGUUGUCAAAGAAGUACAAAAGGAUUGCGCAAGUUGCGUCAAAAAAGUCUUCGUCUAAGCACACGACCACUAAUAUGCCAACUCCGUUACUGGUAAAGAAAUGGAAAAGCUGUUCCCAAAAAACAGAGCGAGUUAACUUACUGGAAUCGGCGAUUCAGAGUCCUUCCUCCAUUUUCUCUGAUCACGUUAACAUGCAGUCCAUAGGUACUAAGUUUUGUUCUCAAUUUGAAAACCAUCCAAGUGCAGCGUCAACAAACCAGAGCGGUCUGAUGCAGUUACCUGAUGCUCAGGCAUGGGCAUUGCCUUCAAUGGAGAGUUUGAGUUCAGGUUUUUCCGAACAUGGUUCUUACAGCUCUACCGUUUUAUCUGAAAACCAGCACACAAAUCCAUCAUACCAUUCUGAUACAAUUUUAGAUUACCCAUCUGCCUCAUCUUACGAUGACAUCAUUCCACUUCCGUGGAAUACCCAUGCACCCUCGGGUGUUAUGAAUGAAGUCAAAUAUGUCUCAAGCUCUCUUAGGGUACUGCAUUCUCUGAAUGGCGAUCAGACUUGUGACCAGUCACAGGUUGAGUCGAGCGUUAAUCUUGAAGAUAUUUCCAUCAGCAAUGAUUUGCAUGCAGGAGCUCUGUCUGGAAAGAACGUCAGCCUGUAUUUUCCUUCAGAGGCAAGUUCUGUUUCAAUGCAGUCAAUGGAAAAUUCGAACAAGGAAAUCAGCUCAGAGUGUACCGAUGCAGUGUUCACAUCAGAAAACAAAUGUAUGUCAGAUAUUUUAACCCCUAACUUUAAGGAAUCAUCAGAAGAUUUCUUUGGUGCUACCCAUGUGAGUGAUGAUAAAAGUCCAGAGGAUUUUUGUAAUCAUGAAUUGUCCCUGGAAGGAGCAGAAGGAAUCACUUCAGAUGAUCAGAUGACUGUUUCAGAUUCUGGUGAAAAUAGGAAAUGCAAAAAAAUUAAAUCAUCAAAAAGAACCAAAUGGCCUGCCAUAAUACAGGAUGGGAAGGUCAUUUGCUGCAGGUGCUACAGAGAGUUUUCAAGCACAAAGUCUCUUGGAGGUCAUUUGUCAAAACGUUCCCAAUGCAAGCCUGUAGACGAAAUAGAUCUUACUGCUGAUUUACCAGUAUCGUUUCUCGAUUUUCUGAAUGAUCCUGACAUUUCAACAGUACAAAUGCCUCUACCAGCUAAUGAAAUACUUGAGGACAAUCACAAAUCCUUCAUCUAUGCACCAUCAGAAUCAAGUACUUUUAACGAUAACAACUUAACAAAUGUGCAAGGCACAGAGAGCGUCCCCAACAUUAAUGCUAAUGAGCCCUCUCAGGAUCACUCUGAGAUGGCUACAAAUGCCAAUUUGUUUCAUUCCCCUGUAUCUAACACAGCCACAGAAAUGGUACCUGAUGCUGAAAUUAUCCCUGAAAAUGCUGGUGAAGAUGGAAUUAUCUUAGAAAUUGAAAGGGCAUUACAGCGUCUUGAUUUAGUAGAUGUACUCAGUGACAAAUCUGUACCUGAGAGCACUAACUUGCAAGAUCUAAGCUCUAAAAAUGACACCAGAAAUGAUCAGCAUAACACAAUUAAAGAUCCUGUCCAAAUUGAGCAGAAAAGUGUUUUAAAGCCGUUUAAGUGUAAAGAAGACUGUGCGUACGGAGCCAUGACAAAAGAAGCUUUGUUUAAACACCUUAGCCGUGUACAUGAUUACAGCGAUGAGAGGAUAAACGAAAUGAAGAAAAACCCUGACAGAUUAGCACCUUACAGCUGUCAUUUAUGUUCAAAGACAUUUACCAGAACCACAGGCCUUAAAAUCCACUAUAAAAAUGUCCACCAUUUUUCGAAAGAAGAAAUUUCUGUCUUAAAAAUUGGUCUCGGUUUUAGAAAGCCGAAAAAAAGUGCAUCCGAGUCAGAAAACGUGCAUUCCAGCCUUAUUGACAAACAGGCAAAUAAAUCAGAGAAGAUUCAACACCAAGUUGAUCCCAAAUUGACUGUUUCAACAGUUCAUUCAAACAGUGAUGGAAAAGCCAAGAUUGUUGGCAAAAAAAAGAAACAAGCCACAAAAAGCUCCCUUACAGUUGGUACCACUAAGUCUUGCAAAACUACGGAAGAGUCACAGAAAAAUGUAGGAAACCUUGAUCGACUUUCGACUACAUGUAUAAAACUAGAAGUCCCUGCUUUAAAUCCUGAGAGUCAUGUUAGUGAUUUAAACCAUCCAGGUAUAUUUGCAGCACAGGAGUUGAGUGGUCUUAGAAGUCCCCAUCUUUUUAACACAGUGAAUGCUACGAACGAAGAAUAUGCAACUCCACAAUUCUUCGGACAAAUUGGGACAAAAUCAAGUGUGACUGAAGAUAUUCAAGAGAAAACUAGAAUGGCUGUUGACAACACUGAUUGUGGUGAUUCGGUUGAUGUGUACCGGCCAUAUCGAUGCAUUCAUGAGGGAUGUGUGGCUGCCUUUUCAAUCCAACAAAAUCUCAUCCUCCAUUAUAGGGCUAUGCAUCAGUCAGAAUGUGAUGAAAAGAACAGCGCUAAAGCUACUGAUGGAGUGUUCCCGGUGCAGGAAUACAGAUGCCAAGUCAAACAAUGCUCAAAAGUAGUGUCGAAAGUUACCAGCUUGCUGAAACACUAUCUUUUGCUUCACAGAUGUACGUUGGAAAAGGCAAGUGCGUUGCUCUCUGGUAUUGAGGUAGGCACGUUUCAGUGUGACCAGUCCAAAUGUUCUGCUCACUUCACUUGCCAUUUGAAGUACAUUGAUCAUAUCAAAAACGAUCACAAAGCAAUAAAGGUUUCAGUAGAUGGGGACUUUGAGAGCGUGAACCUCACAUUCAGAUGUCAAUUCAAAGGUUGCGACCGGGUAUAUACGACAAAGUCGAACCUUCUUCGACAUCUCAUGAAGAAACACGAUGCUACUUUCGAAACCAUGAAAGCGAAACAAGAACAUGUGGGGGACAGUGUUCAAACAAAGAAGUCAAGUGCAAAUCCUGAUUCCAACAAUGGGAAGGAAAAUAUUGCAAAAAACAAUACUAAAACGAAGAAGAAAAGUUCCAAAAAGAGAGAGGACAAGGCUCAAAGCCAACGGAUAACCCUAGAGAAGCCUGCGCUUAAAUCCAACGAGGAAGCAUCUGCUAUGUGCAAUCCAACAUUUCCUCUACAGUACCCAUGCAUGAUCAAGAACUGUGAUUCAGUAAUGAAUGAUGAACAGAGUAUAUUGAAUCAUUACACCACUCAUGGCCUCACGGAACAAUACAUUGAGGAUCAGAGAAGCCAGUUCAUAUUUUGCAUCAAAAGCAGUGAGAUGCCCAGAGCAGAUAGUACCUCACAAAAUGUUGAGGUGAAAGAAGCUCAAGUCUCUGAUGAAGCUCAAAACCCUAAUUCAGAAGUCAGUUUUCAAGAUGUAGAGCCUGCAAAAGAGGUUGAAGUCAAUGAAGGUGUUACCGCAGUUACAGCAGUAAUCAAGAGGAAAAGGGGUCGUCCGCGCAAGUCAGAAUGUAGAAACAAGGUCUCUGUAGAACGGAAACAAAGUCUUCGCAACUGCUCCGAUGAGCACGUUAAGUGUAUGCUGAAAGUCUCAGGAUCCAUAUUGAAAGCAUCCAACUCCCAAGGAAACCACAAAAAAAAUAAAGUUGCACUAAAACUUUACAAGUCCUCGAAGUUUCAGACAACCGUCCUGAAGUUCAGCCAAGACUCUCUGUCCAAUCAAUCAAAACGAGUGCGAAAACUCAAACUCAAGCCGAUCAUCCAAAUGAAAAAUCAAGUCAAGCGCGUCGUUAAUUUCAGAAAUCCUCUAAAGAUCGAGACUGUGAACAAUGUUAAAAUUGUCAUGUAUAAAAACCAAUCCCCUGGUUCUAGACUUCUGCUGAAGCAACUUCAAGAUAUGCAGCCUAGGGUUAUCCUGGAAAAGAGGCUGCACAGUUGAUGGUUAAACUGGAGACAUUAAAAACAAGGCCUUGCUCUCAGGACCACAUACUGUGUCACAUGCUGCUGACAGGUACAUCCAGAUACUCUCUAGCAUUUAUAGUAGUUCCAACACAUUGGUAUUGACUCUCGAUUAGUAGAAGAAAAAGCAAAGUUUUGUACAAUAUUUAACGUUUUGAUGUACUAUUAUGGUUGUGCUAAAAAAAACCUUUUGUAUUUCUAAAAUUCUCUGAUGAAAAUUAGAUGAAUUUUUUUUAACUGUACAGUUUUGUGUAGAAUGAAAAAGUUAUCAUAUAUCCCUGUGGGAUUUUUUUUCUCUCUUUUUUUUUUUCUUUUUUCGAAAGUAUUUAUUUUUAACUUAACAGUAGUGUGUCAACGUACUUGUCUUCCACCUAACAUUCAAUUUAAGUAAACUGAAUGCUCAGUGUAAAUUGUGGCAUCCACAUGAAUACUUGGUGUCAAAUCGUGGUGUUUGCAAUUCUGAGAAUUCUCCCGUUAUCUAAAUUGAGGUCAAACGUUUCAGUGUGAACAUUCACUGUAGUGAAGAAAAGGACAGAGUACAACAUAAGGUGGGUAAAAAUAAAGAAUUUAAAAGAAUAAA